AUGGACUGGCCAAGCAUGUCUCCAGACCUAAACCCUAUUGAGCAUCUGAAAUGGAAGGUGGAGGUGCACAAGGUCUCUAACAUACACCAGUUCUGUGAUGUCAUUAUGGAAGAGUGGCAGAGGACUCCAGUGGCAACCUGUGAAUCUCUGAUGGAGAAGGCAUCUUUCAGUUUGCUGUCUGUGAAAAUCAUACAAAUAACCAAUUUACAAAAAGCCAAUUUAUUUAGCCAGUCCGAUUGCUAUGUGAGCUUGUUCCUGCCAUCAGCUUCAUUUGAAACAGCUCGGACAAAGAACAUUAAGGACUGUAAAGAUCCAGUAUGGAAUGAAACCUUCUGCUACAGGAUACAGAAUCAAGUCAAAAAUAUUUUGGAGCUGAUCGUUCAUGAUGAAAACCACUGCCUUUUGGAUGGCUACCCCUUCACUGUUCUCUUUGACAUUGCUAAACUUCAGCUUGGAGAAACAAUUUGCCUCACAUUUCCAUUGGAUCCAAAAAUUCAAGAAAAUCUGGAGGUAGAAUUUAGUCUGGAAAAUAUUUCAGCUCCUCCUGAGAAUAUUGUUACUAAUGGUGUACUAGUGUCCCGUGAAAUUUCCUGUUUGGAGAUAGAAGUGAAUAAUAUGAAACACGUUUCAAAAGAUGAAAUUGCUUUAUUUACUAUGCAAGGAUGCUAUGAAGAAUCUCAGAAACUUCCGUUGACGUCUUCUGUUCCUCUUGAAUUUCAAUGCGUCAAGUGUAAAGAAUCUGCCCUAAAAAUUGAAUUACUAAAGAAUUUGUGUGGCACAAAUUCUUGUUUUUCAGAUAGAAACACAGAUAAAACUGUUUGUCUUACUUUACCUCUGGAUUCGAUCUCUAUGGAAAAAGAAGUCACUAUAACCCAGGACAAAGCAAUUGAAUUAUCUGUAAAGGUAAAAGACUGGCAAAAAGAGCUUGAUGUACGUUUAGACUAUGAACUGUGUCCAGAUGAACAAAUAUUUAUACAGAAAAGGAAGAAAAUUGUAGCAGCUGCCUUGAAAAGGGUUCUUUGCAUGGACAAUGAUUUGCAAGAUCAUGAGGUACCUGUGGUGGCUAUCAUGGCCACAGGAGGUGGAGCUCGGGCAUUUACAGCUUUACAUGGCCAUUUACUUAGUCUUCAGAAAUUGAAUCUCUUAGACUGCCUCAUGUACAUUUCUGGAUCUUCUGGUUCUACUUGGACACUCUCAAAUCUGUAUGAAGAUCCUGAUUGGUCACAGAAGGAUCUUUUAAGACCGAUUGCAGAAGCUCGCAAAAACAUGUCCAAAUGCAAACUGGAUUGCUUUACAUUAGACCACUUAAAAGAAUACCGGGAUAUUCUGAAGCAGCGGAAAAAGGAUGGCUACAAAACCUGCAUUACUGAUCUCUGGGGACUUUUCGUCGACCAAGCAUUAGGAAAUGGGAGAUGUAGCAGCACACUUUCAGAGCAGAAGCAUGCCCUGAAUCAUGGUCAGAGUCCUCUGCCCAUGUAUUUGGUCCUGAACACCAGGGACAAAUAUAGCCUCCAAGAAUUUAAAGAGUAUGUGGAAUUUACUCCUUUUGAGGUUGGAUUAUUAAAAUAUGGUGCUUACAUUCGUGCUGAAGACUAUGGGAGCAAAUUCUUUAUGGGUCGGAUGAUGAAGAAGAUCCCAGAAUCUCAAAUCUGCUUCAUGAAAGGUAUGUGGAGUAAUGUGUUUUCCUAUAACCUCUUGGAUGCAUGGCGUAGAAUUGACAGUUCAGAAGAUAGUUUUUUGUAUAGCUAUACCCAGGACAAAAUAAAGCAAAUAGAAGAAAAACCACCUCUACCACCAGUACCAGAAGCAGUGAAUACCUACCUGGUCAUGCCUACACUUAAGAUUAUGAAGUUACUUCGUGAAGUCAUAACAGAGCGUGUAUCAACAUCAGAGGUCUACAAUUUCUUAAAUGGAUUCCAAUUAAACAAUGGAUAUUUAGAGAAUAAAAAUUUUUAUAUAUGGAAAGAUACUGUACUGGACAUUUUUCCUAACCAGUUGAUGACUCCAUUGGAAUAUCUGAAUCUUGUAGAUACAGCUGCCUUUAUAGAUACCAGCUAUGCACCACUGAUGAGACCAGAGAGAAAAGUGGAUGUCAUUAUACAUUUAAAUUAUUCUUCAGGCUCACAAACAGUACCUAUAGAUGAAGCCUCCAGAUACUUUGCAAAGCAAGGGAUUCCAUUCCCCAAAAUAGAUCUCAGUAGAGAAAAGAAUCUGAAGGAGUGUUAUGUUUUUGAAGAUGCUACAGAUUCAAAAGCACCUAUUGUGGUUUUUUUCCCACUAAUAAAUGAUACCUUCAAGAAAUACAAAGCACCAGGUAUGAAACGUGCUCCCACUGAACUGAAGCAAGGUGAAGUUGAUGUAACUAGUCCUCUUUCUCCAUAUGGAAUACAAAACUUUCAAUAUUCUGAGGAGAAUUUUGAUAAGUUAAUAGAGCUAACCAAUUACAACAUUCAGAAUAACAAAAACUCAAUCCUUCAAGCUUUACAAAGAGCAAUAGAGAGAAAAAGCCUCAGACGAAAUAGACAUCUUUUCAAAUACGACGGGAAGACUCCUGAACCAGCUGUUGCAAUUUCUAUAGAUUAA